UAGCUGGCUCACUCGGGUACAGCACACAACACACACAGACACACGCACACAAAAGUCUGGCACAACACUAGUGCAGUGUUUUUCUCGCGUUCCUCGUACACGCAGGGAAUUGUAAACAACAACAACAACAACGGUGGCAACAACAACAACAACAGCGGUCGUUGAAUGCAUUAGGGGACAUCAGCCGCAUUUGCCCUCCUCCAUCGAUAUAAACUGGUCCAGAAAAGGAAUGUGUUUGUCGUAGUAUGCGGCUGCAGCGUGGGAUUUCGGUUCAUCCAGGGCGGCGGUGAGCUGACAGCACUGGGGGUGCAUUCGUGCCAUCCAAGAUGCCCCCGGGAGUUGACUACACGUUUGAUCAGUGGACGGCAAGCGAUAACAGCGACGUUUUGGUGGAUUUCCUGCUGCCGACGGGGAUUUUCUUCACGUACAGCGUGCCUCGAGAUGCCACCAUCGGCAACAUCAAGCGGCUCGUGUGGGUCCAGGCCAAGUUGUACCCGCUCUUCUCGCUGCUCAACGAGCCCGAGGCCUACGUGUUCACAUGCAUCAACCAGGCGGCGGAGCAGGAGGAGCUGGAGGAGGAGAGCCGCCGCCUCUGCGACGUGCGGCCAUGCUUCCCCAUGCUACGCCUCGUGCUGCGGGAGGGCGAUCGCGUCGAGCGGCUCCAGAACUCGCAGAUCUCCGUUCUCAUCGGCCGUGGUCUGCACGAGUUCGAUGCGCUCAAGAGCCCCGAGGUGAAUGACUUCCGCACGAACAUGCGACAGCUGAGCGAGAAGAAGGUGCUUGAGCGACAGGGCCAGAGCUGGCAGGAGUGGCUUCAGUACAGCCAGCCGCCCAUCCUGGAGCCCACCGACAGGCUGCCGGAGCUGUGCAGCAACCGGCUCCACCGACCCAACCUCAUCGUGUGCAUUUCCUUCGAGAAAAGCCAGCUUUCUUGCUCCGAGAGCUUUUCAGUGCAGGUGUCUGUGUCGGCACUGCCUCUGAAGCUGAAGACGGAGGCCUUGCGCAAACGGCUCAGCGUUCAUCAGCCCCAGUACACGAGCGAGGGGCACGAUGACUUUGUGCUGAAAGUGACUCGGGCCAACGAGUACAUCUACGGGGAUUAUCCACUCAGCCAGUUCCAGUACAUCCGCAACUGUAUCUACGCCGAGACCAACCCAAGCCUCACCAUGGUGCACAGCUCCACAAUCGUCAAACUCUUCCAGGCCGAAACAAACAUGGAGGUCGUGAGCAGAGCUCGCUCAGCCUCCAAGCCACCCUCGCUGCCUGUGAAAAACAAGCAAGCGGGAGACCUGCUGUGGUCCAUCACGGCACCAUACCAGAUCACCCUGGUGAAGGCCAGCAAGGUGAACACUGACGAAGCCAUGAAGCUGGUGGUGAAGGCCGGCCUCUUCCACGGCUCGGAGCUGCUGAGUAAGACGGUGACGAGCUCCGAAGUGCCGGCGAGCGCCGACCUCACGUGGAACGAGCGGCUCGAGUUCGACGUGCUGACGGGCGACCUCCCACGCACGGCUCGCCUCUGCCUCGUGCUCUACGCCGAGUUCGAGGGCAAGAGCGGCCGGCGCGGCAAGGCCAUCAAACCCGACAAGACGAUGGGCAAGAGCAGCGUCGGCAAGCGUGCUCGUCGCUCGGACCUUCCCAUUGCCUGGGUGAAUGCGAUGGUAUUUGACUACAAAGACCAGCUCAGGGCUGGGGAGGCCGUGCUCCAUACAUGGUCAUCCUUUCCAGAUGACAUGGACGAGGAGAUGCUGAAUCCCAUGGGCACUGUGCACACCAACCCCAACACGGACAGCGCCGCCGCUCUGCACAUUGCCUUCUCGGAGUACAGCAAAGGCCCCGUCUACUACCCACCGUUUGAGAAGAUUAUUGAGAAGGCCGCUGAAGUGGCCAAGUCAACUGAUAUGAAGAAUGGUGGAAGUGGGGGACGGGCUUCCAAGUCGCACAUGCAACAGCUACGCGAGAUCUCGGAGCGCGAGUCCAACUCGCCGCUCUUUGAGCACGAAAAAGACUUGGUGUGGUUCCUGCGGCUCGACUGCCGCGAAGUGCCGCAGAUUCUGCCCAAGCUGCUGCUAUCCACCAAGUGGGGCAAACACGAGGACGUGACCCAGAUGCAAGCGCUUCUGCAGAUUUGGCCGAAGCUGUUGCCAGUCACUGCACUUGAGCUGCUGGACUCGAACCACGCCGACCGCUACGUACGAUCCUUCGCCAUCAAGUGCCUGCAACACCUCAGCGAUGACGAACUCUCUCAGUACCUACUGCAGCUUGUCCAGGUUCUCAAAUACGAGCCGUACCUGGACAGCGACCUGGCUAAAUUCCUGCUGGAACGUGCGCUCACAAACAGAUGCAUCGGACACUUUCUUUUCUGGCAUCUUAGGUCAGAGAUGCACGUUCCGGCCGUGUCGCUGCAGUUCGGCCUCAUGCUGGAAGCAUACUGCCGCGGAAGCAUCGCACACGUGCGCUCGCUCAUGAAGCAGUGCGAGGCGCUCACCAAGAUGAGGGCCAUCAAUGACCUGGUGAAGAGCAGUUCCAUGAAGUCGAACAACAAAGCGAAGGUGAUCGACGCGAUGCACGCCUCCCUGCGGCAGACGUCCUACACAGAGGCGCUCACGGGGCUCCAGUCUCCGCUCAAGCCCUGCGUCAUUCUCAGCCAGCUCAAUGUGGAGAAGUGCAAGUUCAUGAACUCGAAAAUGAAACCUCUGUGGAUGGUUUACUCGGACGAAGAAGGGCUUGAGCCCACAGGCGCCAUCUUCAAAAAUGGAGACGACCUACGGCAGGACAUGCUGACUCUGCAGAUGCUGAAGCUGAUGGACAACAUGUGGAAACAGCAGGGCCUUGACCUCAGGAUUGUCCCUUACGGGUGCCUGUCAACGGGCGACAAGACGGGCCUCAUUGAGAUGGUGCGACGCGCCGAAACCAUCGCCAACAUCCAGCUGGACAAGAGCAACAUCGCGGCCACCGCCGCCUUCAACAAGGACGCACUGCUCAAUUGGCUCAAAGCCAAGAACCCCGGGGAUGCUCUGGAGAGGGCUAUAGAAGAGUUCACCCUCUCUUGUGCCGGCUACUGCGUGGCAACAUACGUGCUGGGCAUAGGAGACCGGCACAGCGACAACAUCAUGAUUCGGGAAACGGGGCAGCUCUUCCACAUCGACUUUGGCCACUUCCUGGGAAACUUCAAGAGCAAGUUUGGCAUCAAGCGCGAGCGGGUGCCGUUCAUCCUCACGUACGACUUCGUGCACGUCAUCCAGGAGGGGAAGACCACCAACAGCGAAAAGUUCGACCGGUUCCGCAAGUACUGCGAGCGGGCCUACCUGAUCCUAAGGAAGAACGGCCACCUCUUCCUGAACCUCUUCUCCCUCAUGCUGGCAGCUGGCCUCCCAGAGCUCACAUCGCCGAAAGAUAUCCAGUACCUGAAGGAGACGCUCGCUCUGGAGAAACGAGAGGACGAUGCCCUGAAACAUUUCUGCCAAAAGUUCAACGAGGCUUUACGUGAGAGUUGGAAGACCAAGGUGAUGUGGAUGGCUCACAAUGUAGCAAAGGACAAUCGCUGAGACGCGCUGCUGAUGUUGGCGCUUGCGAGGCACACGAAGACGGCGGGAUGGCACGAAGUAUCGAAGAGAUGAAACGUCAACAUUUCGAACUUCUUGGAAACACUCAUCCAACCGUCGACCCAGUGUUGUAUGUUUCUACAGUCAAAAUGAGUUCAGAAUUUCAAACAAAGAGCCUGACAAGCAUUUUUUUGUGAAUGCAAUAUAUUUUCUAAGUUAUUUUUAAACUUUGUAUUGUUAUUAUUUACUUUGUGGAAAUUUCAAGUCGUACUGGGUUUUUUUUUAUUGUGCAGGGGGGGGUGGGCGGGGGGGGGCUUUUCUUCGUUUUUUUUUAUAUAAGUCAAAUAACGGAAGACGAAUAAGAUUCAGAAAAUGAGAAAAUGUACUUUUGGAAUGGCCGUUCAGGAACUUAAACGACAAAGGAAGAAGGAUCGUAAACACAACAGAGUGGUAAUUGUUUAAUUGCACUGAGAGACUGUUGGGACGAGACGCAUUUCACACUGCAGGUAAUGCCAGGGUGCGACACUUUCUGGCUCUUGCCGUCCUGGGUUGUGGCGAGGAUAUUAAAGCCACAAAUGACCACCCAUAUGAACGGCAUCAAGGUAUGAACUUUUAUUUUUCAUUAACUAAGGAAACUCCUGAGCCGGGUCUGACAGCACACCGAUACGACGGGCCAAUUCGCAUGUUCAGUUGUUUCCGUCUCGAUUUGAAGCUGUCGAAAUUAUUUGAGAGCUGUAGAUAAGCUUUGUCGUGUGUUCAUUUACGUUUCGUUGUUUGGGGGAAGCAGGAUUGAGAGCGCGUGCACGCGUACGUGCGUUUCUUUUUUACAUGCUUCUAUUAGGAAGUUGCUGGGCACAAGUAACUUAAAAUUGCUGUUUAUUUGCGGCUUGCGUGCCCAAUGAAUGACAAUUCACGCUAACCAUGACAGGACUACUGAAAGGUUACGUUACUUGACAGUCAAAGGAAGGAAGCACAUUUGGCUUUGGCUCUUUUCUUGCUUAACUAACAUGAUCAAGUUUUUGCAUAUGUUUGUUGAACUUUUCUCAAUGGAGCAUGCUCCUCUUUUUGUAAUUUUGUCUGCAUGGAACGCUUGAUCUUAUUAAUUGUAAAGGGUAAUUUAAUUUUAUUGAACAAAGUAUCAUGGCUACCAAAGACAAGGGCAUCUUUUUAAAAAAAAUCAUCCACGUUAUUACAAAAAAAUCUUACUUUUAAAUGAUAAUGUCUGCCAUACAUUUUUAGCGCCGAUAUUGACAUUGUCCAGAUAGAGUUCCUUAAUUAGUGAUGCAUUUACACAGAAGUUAAACACCCAGAUCGCCACAUUUUCUUUUGAAGCAGAUUAAAAACAGCCUUGCCCAUGUGGCAUCAUCACAUCACUCAACAAAAAACGAAAUCGCCGGUUUUAAUGGUAAAUUCAACUUCGGGUGAGUUGCCAUGAAAAAAAAACACAACACGAGUGCCUUCUUAAUUGCACUUUAUUCUCAGUUUUAAAAUCGAUCCCAGCUGCACAGGUUUUAGGAUUUUAAUAAUAAUGAUAAUCUCGGUUUUCUAUAGCCUAACUCACACCAGGACUCAAAGCGCAUCACACGCAGCUUAAGUUACGGAGAGAGCCCGCUGGAAAAACAGUUGAGUUUUUAAUACGCGAUUUAAAAAGUCUUAACAAACUCUUAUUCCCCAAUGGACCAAGGAAGGGUAUUCCUCAAUUGCCGAGCCUGGCUGCAAAAAAAGCCUCCGUCUCUCAGUAGAAUGAAGACUGGUCUUAGGAAUAAUGGGUAGUGAACCACAAUGGAAAGAUUUCAAUUUUCGCAGUGGAAUGUAAAAAUUAAACAGAUCGGUGAGAUAUUUAGGAGCGAACUCAUCCAGAGCCUUAAACGCGAGAAUAAAAUCUUGAGGAACGAAUCGGAGUAAUAUGGUCACACAAUUUCAGUCCGGUUUAAACCCAAGCAGCUGAGUUUUAAAUAUAUUGUAGUCAAUUUAGAAGACUUUUUAGAAACGCCAGCAAGCAAGGUAUUACAGUAAUCUAACCUCGAUUAUGUGAAGGCAUGCAACAGCCUCUCAGCAUCAGGAAGGGACAGUGUAGGUCUAAGUCAAGCCAAGUUUUUGGAACUGCAGUGGUAUCAUAGUCAACGCUUCCACUUUGGCGCAACUGGGGUGCAACGAUGCCGGUAGGUGUUGUUAAACGUUGACGGCUAUGCAGGAACAACGAGCUAUGCAGUUCCAAUGGAGCACAUGUACAUUAUUAUUCAGUAGCAUGCAGUGUCUAGCUGUUAGACAAAAGGCACGCAUAUGCAGUAAUAUAAAAUGAUGUUUGUAUCAUCAGCAGCAACAGCAAUACCAUCAUCAUCGUCAUUCUACACACAAUGGCACGAUUAUGUACAAUCAUGUUCACCUGCGUUCUUUUCCCAGAAGCAUGCUCCAGUUUCAUCGCUUCAUCUCGUAUUCACUUGUCCUCGCGUGCUUGCACUCCAGACCAUGGUUUGGAUAUUUAUGCAGAUUACGGCAAACGUUUAAACGUUGUCGAUGGUUUUUUUUUCCUGCUGUGGGGGGUGCAGUUCUGGCUUGCAUGUUGAUUUAAAAAGAAAUAUUUUAAAUUAAUUGUUGCGUAACAGAGACUAUGCGUCUCCUGGAUGUAUUGAGAAUGUAGUCCAAGCCAUUGUUUUUUUCUACAUUUCGUGUCCUCUCCGUAAUUAUUUUGCACCAUCUGCUCCAGUUAUCUCACCAAGACCCGUGCUUUGUACAUAUUAUGGCCUUAAUGACUGCUUUACGGGGGGGGGGGUGCGCAUCUCGUGAAGAGUUUGUGCUUUUAAAGACGAAUCGUUACGAGUGAGAUGUGGUCGUGUUGUGGUGGCCGUGAGGGGCACAGACAGAGGUGGAGGGGUGGGAGGGGGACAUGUCACACCCGGCGGGCGGUCAUUCUGUGCAAUACGCGUUGGAAUUGAUUGCACACGAUGUGGGAAUGUUUUUAAAAAAAAUUUACGUUGAAGACUGUCUCAUCACUGAAUAUUAACGUGGGGGUUAUUGCCAAGGGAGCCCGGUGGUUCGGGGGGGGGGGGGGGGAAGUUUACACAAACGGAUGGUCAGCAGCACAUUAACAACAUUCAGCGGCACGAAAGGGGGUGUUUUAUUUACGUCCUGAUGUAUAUUUACGUGCUUGCAAGUGACGACGGCGCAACGAUCGAAAAGCCUUUAUUACAGUUUUGAGAUGCAAACAUUUUUCUUACAUUCCAAUAUAGGGCAUUUGAUUUACAUUUUUGUGGUAUUUUUUUCGAUUCUUUUAAGCCGCAAAUGGUGUAAUAUGCGUUUGCAUUCUUUUUUGUACACGUCACAUGCACACACGCAUAAACACGGGGAUAUACAUUUGACGCAGAGUUACAAUGACCAAUUUUGUAAUCGUUUUAUUUUUUCUGCGCUUCCUUACUUUGUCACGAAAUCGCUAUUAAUUUAAAGUUUACCUUGAAAUGUCAUGCAUUCUCAGAAGGUGUUUUCACAAUGUUUUGACCCCCCCUUGUAUCGCGCACUCACUGCCGUUCUUUCAAUUGGCUUUUUUUGCAAAACAUAAAAACUGUGCUUCUGUGUUUAUUGCCAUCUGCAAGGUGGAGAACAGUGGGAUGAAAAUGUUAUCAUGCAAUAUACUGAAACUUCGAUGAAGACAUAAGCAUGCUGGGUACUAACUUAUAAAUGUACAAUCACGUAUGAAUAUAGUUUAAAAUGUUUUGCUCUGUAUAUAAUGUACCAGAAAUAGUAUUAAGUGUGCAAGUGCAUAUUCAGGCCCACUGCUGUCUACCUUGCGAGUGGUACGUAUAAUAUGUAGCUUGUUUACAUUGCUUCACUUCUGCUUCUGUGCUAAAACGCCGUUGCUUUUAAUGCAUGUGUGCAGGUGUGUGUUGUUUAAGCAUGUUGGGGAGUGGUGGCACAGUGGUUAGCGUGCUGCGCUCCGAGCCUGGAGACCCGAGUUUGAUUCCUGCUCACGACCAACACCAGUGACGAUUAUCUGAACCGGUCCUGGGCAUCCCCUAGGUUGACUCAGCCUCAAAUUAAUUCCUGGUGAAGUGUGCAAACAUCGCCACUUGGGAGAUGAAAGUGGCCGGGUGUGGUGCUGGCCAACCACUCCGCACGUAUACCGUGCUGGCCUCGGCCUUCAUAAGCUGAUCGCUACCCAGCACUAGCCCCAAAAGUCUAUUAACGCUAUACGGGAGAUCUUUGUGAUUGUUGCGUAUGGCAUGAAAACCUAAAGCGUUUCACUUUUUAAACAUAUGAUUGUAUAGCUUUUGAAGAGGAUAUACAGUUAAAAUAUACCCCAAUUGGAAUUAAGUGUGCAAUUUUCUGGGAUGUGUAUGGUGCUCUUUGGCCAUUUGGCUCUAAAGACUACUGAUAUCAGAGAGUGAUGCUGUGGGAAUUGGAUGACAUUUCAGUAGUUUAUUUACCAAGAUGUUACGCGGCCUAAAUUUAGUAGCUUUAAUGUAAAUGCAUUGUUUUGCAUUAUUCCGGCUAAAUAGAUUGUCACGUCUAAUGCAAUGAGUAAAAUGACCUUAAGAUUGAAAUGUAAAAUGAAGUAGUAAAAUGUGGCUGUAGUUGACAGAAUAGCACUGUAAGCUCUCGUUUCCAAGAUGUCUUAAAUUCAGUUUUGGCACAAAUUUGCUUGAAUUGUGGGAAAUAUCCACACUAUGGAACAUACAUAAAUGUGUGGUGUGUGGUUAAAACAUUUCUAGAUUUCAUCUGGUGCAGCAGCAGCAGUGCAGUGGUGAGCCACUUUGCUUUUAACCCUGUGAACACAGUUUGAUUCCCAGCCCCGGCUAACAUCAGUGGCAAGUGACUUUUGAACCAGUCUUAACCCCUGACUCCCUUUCGGCCCCCCUACCAACCCUGCCUUACGAACCUGCACUGACCAGUGUGGUGAAACCUGGUCAAACAUGCCCCAUGACCAACACUGUUCUGGGUGGCAUUUAUUCAGCAGUGGAUUGACAGGAGGGAUGGAAAUGAUAACUUAAUUAUUAUCAAUGACAUGCACAGGUUGUACAUCUUUUAGGGUGGUGUUCUUUUUCAAUUACGCGUCCUUUCAAAAGUAUGUGUGCGUGGGAUAAAUGGAUCGUCCAUAAAACAGGUUUUUUUUGGGUUAGAUCGUGUAAAUAUAAAUGUGGAUAAUACCAUUUCGUAUUGGAAGCCCCCCCCCCCCCCCCCCCCAUGUUAACCCACUGAAUUUAUAUCGUAAGAAAAUUUUUACCGUAGCAUUUCACGUCCAGUUAAUGUUUCCAAAAACAUGUGAAUUACAUAUUAGCUUGAUACAUUUAUUUCAUUGAUUAGGGGAUUAUUUCGGCCAUCGGGAUGGCAGGUAAACAGGGCAGCAACUUAAAAUGUUUUUUGUCACAAAGUCGCUAAAAGUUUGGCUUGGAGUGAUCCGUUCUUUCAUCUUUUUAGUUUCGACAGCGCUUGACACUCGUAAAUGCCGGGCCACUAAACCCAUUGUGCUGCCAACGUGAAAAUAAUGAAUUUAUCUCCACACCGAGACCAAAAAUUGGCACCUUGAGGUUUUUUUUUACAUUGGACAAAGGCAACGAUUUAGGGUUUCAGUACUCCAUUGUGACACCCAAAGAAAUCUUGACUGCUCCUAGCCUGUAGAACUCAAGGUUAGCCUUGUACCAAUUCAAUCGGUACCCCGCUCAGUCAUUCAAUUAAUUUUCAUGAUGCAAGUCUACGAUUGGAUUUAAGAUUUGAGUUUUUUUUUAUCUGUCCUCGGCGCGGAGUCCUCUUAAUGGGUUGUAUGCGGGGGUCAGCGAACCAGUCGCAUCCAGGCUCUCCGCUGUGUAUUCGGGUUGUAUUGCAUGUUCAGCACGAGUGUCUUGUGAAAGCUCCCCGUCACGAGGGGAGGGGGGUGGGGAACGUCGGACAUCGCGCCGAACAACACGCACGAAGGUGCAACCCAAAAAAAAACAAUUUGGAGAGCAACGCGGCGCAGUCGCGAAAAUCUACGCAGCGGUCUCGUAAAAUAUACGUACGGAACAACAACAACGGAUUCUUGCGCGAUGAGAUGCACGCGUUGCGAAUGUAAGGAUUGAUUUGAAUUGAUGUGUUGUUAGCGUGCCUACUCAAAGUAAUCCCGAUGAGCACAAGACUGAUCUGGCUGUCAAGAGGCUCGUAAUAAUUCUCGCAUGCUUAGUGAGUAGAAUGAAUUAUCCACGAGUCGCUUACUUGAGUGCAAAAGCUGCGAAAGUGGAGAGAGUGACGUCGAGUGGAACGGAACUUGAUGACGAUAACAGUAAUUUCUUCCAGUCUCAAACGGCUGUCACAUUUGCACUGGGGCCCUCAAGUUGCCCAGACGAAGACGCCCUGAAAAUACAAAAUCAACCGAGAGCGUGACGACGAAAAAUGUGCGUCAGAAAAAAUACGUUUCAGUUGCGAGAAAGGAUAUGAAUGUAUAUGAGCUUUGUUUGGUUGUUGUUCUGUCUGUUGAAUCAAUAUAAGGCCUGCAGACAAAUGUGAAAUUUGAUGUGCUAACUCUGUAACAUAUCUUACACGCAUUGCACGUGGCGCGUGCCCGUGUGCACAGCCUGCCAAGGAAUAUUUGCCUUUGUAUUGAAAAUUGUUUGUAUAUGAAUGUUGCUUUGCUUUUUUAAAAAAAAAUAAGUUAAAUUCUAGUAUACCCAAUACAUUGCAGGUGUUUGGAAAUAAAAAGACGUUAUGGCAUUCACGUGUAAAUAGCAAAUGUGCAGCUACAGUACAAUAAAAAUAUACA